AAACUGAAUCCCACUGAAGCAGCAAUGGAGGAAAAAAGCAGCGGCGGCGGCGGCGUUAGGCUUCACGUCGGCGGAUUGGGAGAAAGCGUCGGGAGAGAUGAUCUUCUCAAGAUCUUUUCUCCGAUGGGUACCGUCGAUGCCGUUGAAUUCGUCAGGACCAAAGGUCGUUCCUUUGCCUACGUCGACUUCUCUCCCUCCUCUACCAAUUCCCUCACCAAGCUCUUCUCCACGUAUAAUGGAUGUGUGUGGAAAGGAGGGAGGCUACGACUGGAGAAAGCAAAAGAGCAUUAUCUGGCUCGCUUGAAGCGAGAGUGGGAGGCAGCGUCUUCUACCUCUGAUAACACCAUUAAAGCUCCCUCCGAUUCAACACCUUCCACUCACCUUAACAUCUUCUUUCCCAGACUCAGAAAGGUGAAAGCUAUGCCACUUACUGGAACUGGUAAACAUAAGUAUAGCUUUCAGCGUGUUCCACUGUCCUCUUCUCUUCCUAAGAGCUUUUGUGAUUGUGAAGAGCACUCUAACAACUCUCUCACUCCUCGGGAAACACAUCUUCAAGAUCUGGAAUCGCUUAAUGUGGGAAGAAAUGAAGACGAGGUGAAUGUUAUGAAUUCGGUGAUGAAUAAGCUCUUUGAGAAAAACAACAUUCCAAUCGCCGAAGAAGACAAUGAGAUUGAAGCAGACCAAGAUAACCUCAUCAUCAAUGUGGCAUCUAGUGGGAACGAUAUGGACUCAGAGCUGGAUAAGUUGUCUAGAAAACGGAAAUCAAUUCUCAACGAAACAACACCAAGUGGAGAAGGAUAUAGUGAAGGACGAAAAGGGAACCACAUUCAUCCAAGUAAAAAAAGGCAAACAAUCAGCCUAGAGGAAAGUGGGAGACAGGAAUCUUCACAGUCAAUACGUGAAAAGAAGAAGCCUUCUAAAGUGGUACCGGAUAAAUCAUUGGAUGAACCGAGCAGAACAACAGACGUCAAGCAGUCGAUCGACAAUAUUUCCUGGUCCCAAAAGUCUUCCUGGAAAUCACUAAUGGCCAAUGGAAACAGCAGUGAUUUUAGUGUAUCCAGUUUCUUGCCAGGUGUUGGCUCCAGUAAAGCAGUACAACCUGCACCACGCAACACUGAUCUUGCUGAGCUUCCUAGCCGAGAAAAUUCGAAGGAAAAGACGAAAAGAAAGCGCGUAACUUCUACGAUCAUGGCAGGGGAUUUACCUGUGCCAGAUGACAUAAAGAGGGAUGAUAGUGACACUAUGGUAGAUGACAUAGAGAGGGAUGUUAGUGCUGCUGUGGAAGAUGACGCAGCUAAUGACUCUGUGGCUGAGAGCGAUGAUAGUGAUGCUGUGGAAUGUGACACAGCUAUUGACUCUAUGGCUGAUGACACAGCUAGUGACUCUAUGGCAGAUGAUGCAGCUAGUGACGCUGUGGCUGAGAGUGAUGAUAGUGAUGCUGUGGAAUAUGACACAGCUAUUGACUCUAUGGCAGAUGACACAGCUAGUGACUCUGUGGCAGAUGACACAGCGAAUGACGAUGUAGGUUCAGACGACUCAGAGUCACUUGCAGAUACUGUUAUUGAUACAAGUGUUGACGCUGUACCCCUGGAUUUUGUUGCAAACACCGAGGGCGAUAGUGGGAACGGCAAGUCGAAUGUGGAAAAGCAUGAAAAUGGAGCAGAGGAUAUGAAUGCGGAAAAGGGAAGCUUAGUCGUGAAGGAAAAUGUUGUAGACGAAGAAGAGGCAGGGAAAGAACCGGUGAAAGCUUGUAACAAGUCAACAGGAGGUUCUUCAUGGCUUCAGAAGGCCUCAUGGACUCAGCUGGUUAGCGACAAAAAUACCUCUUCAUUCAGUAUAACUCAACUCUUCCCAGAUUUAAGUUCUGACAAGGGCGAACCAGCUGGAGUGAUCAACAGUGUAGAACGCCAGUCUCACAAGACUGCAAGUGCAAUGAAACAAACAGAUUACACAUGUAGCAGCGGUGGUUUUGUGGCUGCGGGAGUCCCUGUGGCUAGUACCCCUGUGAGAAGUUUAGAUGAGAAUCGGCAUCAUCUGAAUGGUAAAAAUUUGAGUGAAGGAGGUAGAUUGGGUGCGAAGAAGAUAAUUAAGAGAAAGGUUGUGUCGGGGGACACUUGCACUUUUAUGAGAAGCUCGACUUCUUUGAAAGAGUGGGCAAAGGCUAAGAAAGCAUUGAGUGAGCCCAGGAGAAAGAAAAAUGGUGAAGACUGAGUUAGAUUGUAAUAAGAUGAGAGGCUCUUCAAAUUAUGUAUUCCUCUACAAUUUUUGACUUUUUGAUAAAAUACAAUGCUUUUUUACUUUAAGGUUUUAACAAA